CUGCGUCAUUGGUCCUCCUCGCGCCAGACGCUACACCCUCACUAGCAACAGUCGGCCUUCCCCAGGAGAAGGGCCUGGCCGCCCAGAUCGUACUGCAUUUGGAUCCAGCAAGCGGCAACCGCCUGCUGCCAUGUACUGCAGGAUCCAGUUGCGUGUCAACCGCCAACUUCCUGUCGCCUUCCCAGUACCUGCCCCCCUGGAGCUUUGAUCCGCUCACCUCGCAGCAGGCCAAGAGGCAGCUGCUAGACGAGCUGGUGGUUGAGCGAGGAGGAAUUGUCGUACGGGAGGACGAGCCCAGGGGCUACAUUGCGGCAGUUGUGCCGUACAAGCUGGGCCCAGGCCGACAGCAGCAGCCCUGGGACUUGCUGGAGUUCGUAUUCGCAUCGGAGGGUCGUACCGUCACCUUCAGGUCCGAGGCGCUACCCGGCGGCUUGCCUGGCUCUCAGCCGCUGCCGGGGCUACAGCUGCCGGCAGUCCCUCCGCGACCCUUCUGCUGGACCCUGGGUUGCGUGACGGGUCCGGGCAACAGGGGUCGGCUGGAGGCCCUGCGGGAUAGCCUGGGGUGGAGCAGCCUGGAGACGGACGAGGACAAGAGCUGGGUUCCCUUCCUGUUGCAUGACUGAUGAAGGGUGUGGAUACCGUUGCGGGUUGGGGUGCCGACUGGCUGCAUGGGUGCAUGGGUGCAACCUGCAUGAGGGCCCUACCUGCAUGCACCUGUUGUCACGCCCUACCGCUGUGUUUCUGCACAGAUCCUGCCAAAGCCGCGUGGUGAUGGGGCCUGAACUUGUAUGACCUGUACAUCGCAUACGGUGUGGGUCGUGGUCGGGAGUGAGAGGAGGGCUCUUGGAAAUUUGCAGGAGCAAAAGGCACAAAGAGCGAUACAGGUGCAGGCGCGGGUAAAUGCUGUGGUGGGCCUUACUUGUCGUAAUGGCUCGGUACGGCGGUAUGUGUCUGCUGGCCAUCUUGGUGUGCUAUUUGGUGGGGGACCUGGAACCGCCGAAUGGCUACUGACCCUGAAGAGGUGUGCAACUGUAGGAGCGGCGGGGAGCGAGGACACACGGCUCCCCAGCUGUAGAGAGCCAUUGACAACAUACGCCCGACAACUGAUCACUUCCCGCAACAGGAAAAGCGGCAAGUCACUUAGUGACUUGUGGUGCGGGGCAGUAGUGUUGUUAGUAUGUUUCCAUGCAUGCGGCGGUUUUCCUGUUGGGUAUGAAAACGGA